AUGAGCACAGAUAACACCAAGAACGACAUCGAUGUCGAGUCAGAAGGUGAUAAGUUCAAAGAUGAUGAACGCACUGGACGUUCCAAGCAGAUCACCUUCGAGGGAUCCACCUCCGCAGAUGGAGUCCGGUCUAUCUAUCAGCCGACUCAGCUGAAUCGGACCCGCUCGAUAAGCCGUGAUACCAUUCAUAGCACCAGAAGCAGCGUUCAGGGAAUGCCCGAACUGCCAAUUGAGUUCCGAACCAUCUCCAUCCAGAUCUCGGAAUCCCAGAAUGCCCCCAAAGAGGCCAUUAUCGAUUCCACAAAGGAGAAGCCACCCCAUCAAGACUACUUCGAGAACUUGGAUUUCCACAUUAUAUCCACCGACGGCCUGUGUCGAGAAUUCAAUGUCGAUCAGCGUACUGGACUAAGCUCUUCCUCUGCAGCCACACGUUUGCAGCGGGACGGCAAGAAUGUCAUUGCCCACCAUCGGGAGAACUAUCUCAAGAAGAUCUUCUUCUACGUAUUCGGUGGAUUCUGCUCUGUUCUUUGGGUGGGAGUCGUCAUCUUCUUCAUCUGCUGGAAGCCACUCAGCAACCCACCCUCAGCUCAAAACCUCGCCAUGGCCGUCCUCAUUCUGAUCGAUCUCCUCCCCGCAGAAGCCAUGGUGAUGCGCGAUGAGAAACUCAUUCGUCUCCCUGCCACAGAACUGGUCGCUGGUGACAUUGUUCACAUUGGAAUGGGAAAUAAGGUCCCAGCCGACAUGCGUCUUUUGUCCAGCUCGGGCGAUGUUCGCUUUGACCGUGCUAUUCUGACAGGCGAGUCGGACGAGGUUGAAGGCGCGAUUGAUUGCACCGAGACCAACUUCUUGGAGACUCGCAAUAUUGCCCUCAUGGGAACCGGCGUCACUAAUGGCAAUGCUGUUGGUAUUGUCGUUUUGACCGGCUCGCGCUCCGUGAUGGGACGCAUCGCGUCAAUGACAGCUGGUGUCAAGCAAAAGUCAACCUUGAUCCAACGCGAGAUCAAUCGCUUCGUUACAAUCAUUGUCAUCCUUACCGUCUUCUUGGCUUUGCUGAUCCUUUUCACUUGGCUAGGAUGGCUGCACCGGGAUCACCCUUCUUACAUGAGUGUCGUAGCCAUGCUGAACAAUGUCAUGGGGUGUAUUGUUGCCUUCAUCCCUGAAGGAGUGCCUGUCGCCGUCGCAUUGACCCUUAUGAUGGUUGCCAGGCGAAUGAAACAGACAAACAUCUUGCCCAAGGGACUAUCAACUGUCGAGACACUGGGCUGUGUGAAUGUACUCUGCUCCGACAAGACUGGCACUCUCACUCAAAACCGCAUGUUUGUCAAGUCACUCGGAAUGGUUGAUUGGGAAUACAGCCUCGAGGAUUUACUUCCUGGCGAAUUUGGAACUGCUGAUCUUCCCGAAGGCCUGCGAAAUAUGCUGCAAGCAUCAAUUUUGUGCAACGACGCCACAUUCGACCCGACUACAAUGAAUUUGCCCAUCCAUGAACGUGCCGUCAAUGGCAAUGCGACAGAUGCAGCAGUUUUGAGAUUCGGGGACAGUGUCGGACUAACCUCCCCGACUAUCCUGGCUCCGUAUGAACGUGUGCAUCAGAUCCCGUUCAACUCAAAGAACAAGUGGAUGCUCACCCUGCACCGCGAUCCAAAAUAUUCCAAGGAAUUCAUUCUCUACGUCAAGGGAGCACCAGAUGUGCUGCUGGACCGCUGCGCCACUUACUGGUCCGCUGUUCACAAUGCAGUCCGUCCACUAGAUGGCGAGGCGCGGGAAAAAUUCUCCAACUUCCAGGCUAAACUAUCACGCCGCGCAGAGCGGGUGAUUGUCAUCUGUCAGCGUCGCUACAUCCCACGCUCUGCCCCCGGCUCUAACAAUUUCAGCAACGAGAUGAUAGACCAUGGUGUGCAGGAUCUCACAGUUCUCGGUAUCUUUGGCAUUGUUGAUCCACCACGCCCGGAGACCGCUUCAACUGUCGCAGCUUGCCGCAAGGCGGGUAUCCGUUUCUUCAUGGUUACCGGCGACUUCGGAUUGACGGCGGCUGCCAUCGCUCGCGAGAUUGGCAUCUAUGACGGACAAGCUGAGCCAGAUACCAUCGAAGAGCUGAGGGAUGGCCUCGGCCCAUCAAUGGAAGUCAAAGUUCCCAAAUCACGACACAGCCUGCUUCUCGAAGGACCUAACCUCUCUUCGUUGAAUUCGGAGGACUGGGAAACCCUCCGAAUCGUAACAGAACUCCAAGUUCGUGGCUACGUAGUUGCCGUCACAGGCGAUGGUGUCAAUGACGCCCCAGCCCUGCGCGCAGCAGACGUGGGCAUCGCAGUCGGAUCCGGCAGCGACGUAGCAAUCGAGGCAGCCGAUCUGGUCCUCUUGGACAAAUUCGACUCUAUCAUCGAGGCCAUCCGUCUUGGCCGGUUGGUCUUCCAGAACCUGCAGAAGGUAAUCGCCUACCUACUCCCAGCAGGUAGUUGGUCGGAGAUCUGGCCCGUCCUCAUGAACGUGUUCUUCGGCUGUCCUGCGCCGCUCAGCACCUUCCUCAUGAUCAUCAUCUGCGUCUUCACCGAUCUAUUCGUGUCUCUUUCGCUCAUCAUGGAGAAAGAAGAAUUCGACCUCCUCAGUCUCCCCCACGCCUCGUACCUGUUCGUCGGUGUGAUGGAGACAUUCAGCGCCCACGCUAUGUUCUUCCUGUACAUGUGGCGUCACGCCGGUAUCCCCUUCUCCGACCUUAUAUUCGCGUUUGAGGGCUAUGCCGAUGGCUUCCAUGGAUAUACCGCGGACGAAUUGACCAAUGGGGUAACGUCUUGUCUGUCCGCCAGCAAGCGCAUGUCCCUCCUCCAGGCUGAUCCGAUUCGGCCAGCCCGUCGCAAUCCGUGGCUGCCUUUGGCGAUUCUUAUUUCGCUGGUCAUCGCUAUCUUCGUCACCGAGGUGCCGGGCAUACAAAACCUCUUCAGCACGGCCUCGGUCCCAAUCGAGUUUUGGUGUAUCCCGCUUGGUCUUGCAAUGGGCGUCCUCUGUAUGGAUGAACUGCGUAAGGUCUUGGUCCGGAUGUUCCCCAAGGGACCUGUGGCCUGGGCUGCGUGGUAA